UACAACAAAACCCCAGGAUACGCACAAUGACAGCGCCGUGGAGCUUCUGCUGGUCUUUCUGUAUUCUGCUGCUCCUUUUGGCUCUGAAGACACACACCACACUUUCAGCUCCUGAUUUCUCUCUGUAUCUUUACUCCAUUCUGAAGAACCACACGGCUCAUGCUUGUGAAGGAGACACGCUCACCAUUGAGUGUCCCUCCAGGACGUCUGUGGCCGUCCUAUCAGCUUUCUAUGGACGACGUGUUCCUAAUCAGCAUCUAUGUCCCUCUGCAAACACAAACACGACUGUGGAGGAAGAUACAGAAUGUACUUCUCCAGUUGUUAUUGAGAAAGUGGUGUCAGAGUGUCAGGACCGAUGUUCCUGUCACAUUCCUGUUUUCAGUCCAGUGUUUGGACAGGACCCCUGUCCGCUCACCAGCAAGUACCUCCUAGUCUCCUACAAGUGCCGACCUGAGCACCACCGCACAAGGCUGGUGUGUGAAAAUGAGCGUCUGAGGCUGAUGUGUAAAAAUGAGACUGUCCUCGUCAUCUACUCGGCCACAUUUGGACACCUGCUGCAUGGCAGUCCUUACUGUCCUCAGCAACCAGCAUCACAGACUGACAUGGGUGUGAAACUAAGUGUUUAAGUGUCAUCUAGUGGCACAGUAGUGGAACAAAUAUUGAUUAUGUAGACAUGGUGGAGAAUCAUUUUUGUGCCCUAUUCACCUAUUAGUAUACAUUAAUAAAACAAUUCCUUUGUGACUAUUUUAGUAAAACUCUGUUCAGUCUCAGUUAUUAUGUUGCUAAUCAGAGUCUAGAUGUGAAAUCCGGUCACAAAAUUACAAUAUUAUACUGAUUUGUUGUAAUGAACUUAUUACAGUUAUUAAUUUUACUUCUCAAAU